AAAAUGAAAUGGUCGCGAAUUGAUUGAUUGUUGAGGAAAAUUCAUUCAUUCAUUUUAAAAAUUUUGUUGUGAUACACACUGUCCCUGAACUUUUUUGUUGUUAACUUUUUUUUUACUGAACUAAACUAAAACAUAUUGUGUGGAAAUAAGAAUGGAACAAACCAAAGAAUUUGAUAUAAAAAUUUAUUGGCUACAAAUCGAUGGUCUUAGUUGUCAUUCUUGUAUUGAUACGAUAAAGAAAAAUUUAUCCGAAUUACCUGGUUCGGUUAAUAUUGAAAUCUAUUUGGAAGAUGGAAAAGCAUUUUUAGAAUUUGAUCCACAAUUUAUUCGUAUUGAUAAAAUAAUCGAACGAAUUGAAGAAUUAGGAUUCGAAUGUCGUUUAUUGGAUGAUGAUGAUGAUCAUGAAAUUCAUGACGAUGAUAUUGUUGGAUCGAAUUCAACAUUUACCAUUUUGGUUGAUGGAAUGACAUGUAAAUCAUGUACAGAUAAUAUUGAAAAAAAUCUAAUGAAAAUCAAAGGUGUUCAUAAUGUAAAAGCUGAUCUCAUUACUAAAAAAGUAUCUGUUACUUAUCAAUCUGAAUUGAUCGAAAAAGAUUCGAUUCUUGAUCGAAUCGAAUGUCUUGGUUUUGAAUAUCAAACAACAGAAUUGAACGACAAACAUAUUGAAAUCAAUAUCGAAAAUGAUGUUGAGAAACAAUCGAUAUCAACCGAAAAAACAUUACCAAUGAAUUCGGAAAGCGGUAAAUUUUUAAACAAAUGUUUCAUCACUAUUACCGGUAUGACUUGUUCAUCGUGUGUUUCGAAAAUUGAACGAAAUCUAUCAAAAAUCAAUGGUAUACAUGGAAUAUUGGUUGCAUUAUUAAAUCAAAAAGCUGAAAUACUUUAUGAUCCAAUGUUUAUUGAUUCAAAACAAAUUAUUCAAUCAAUAAUUGAUCUUGGAUUUGAUGCAAAACUUUUAAAUGAUCAACAACAAAAUGAUAAUUUAAAUAAUGAUUUAUAUGAAUUAUCAUUAUGUCUGACACGACCAUCAUUAUCAUUAUUAAAUCCAUUACAAAUUGAAUCAUCAUUGGAACAAAUUACGGGUAUAAAAUCAGCCAAAUUUUCAUCAUCAUCAUCAAAUCAAUUAUUAAUUGAAUAUUAUGGUGAUCAAAUUGGUGCUAGAGAAAUUGUACGAAUUAUAAAAUCAUUAGGAUUAGAUUCAUAUCCAUUGGAUUGUGAUCGACGACAACAAUUUGAACAUCGACAACAACAACAUCGUGAAUUAUUACAUUGGAAACAUUCAUUUAUAUUUUCUCUUGCAUUCUUUAUACCAUCAAUGAUACUCAUGAUACAUCAUAUGACUGGUGAACAUUCAUUCCAUGAACAUCUUCUAUUAUCUGGUUGGUCGAAAGCAAAUUUUCUUCAAUUUUUAUUGGCAACACCUGUACAAUUUUAUGGUGCAAGAUAUUUUUAUUAUCAAGCAUAUAAAGCUAUUAAAUAUCGUUCAUUAAAUAUGGAUGUAUUGAUUAUGUUGGCCACAACUGUUGCUUAUUUUUAUAGUUUUUUCGUAUCUGUAUAUUUUAUGUUGAUUGGUGCUGAUCGUAGUCCGAAAACAUUUUUCGAAACACCACCAAUGUUAUUGACAUUUAUAUCAUUGGGUCGUUGGCUUGAACAUAUUGCACGCGGUAAAACAUCCGAAGCAUUAACACGUUUAAUGUCAUUGAAAGCAACUGAAGCAAUAUUAGUCGAAAUGGAUCAGAAUAAAAAUAUUAUUAAUGAAUUGUCAAUUGAUAUUCAAUUAGUUCAACGUGGUGAUAUGAUUAAAGUAUUACCUGGUACAAAAAUUCCAGUUGAUGGUCGUGUUUUUGAUGGUAAUUCAACAGUAGAUGAAAGUAUGAUUACAGGUGAAUCAAGACCAGUUAAAAAACAAUCCGGUUCUUCGGUUAUUGGUGGAUCGAUCAAUAUGAAUGGAACAUUAUUAAUAUGUGCAACACAUAUUGGUCGUCAAUCAACAUUAGCAUCGAUUGUUGAUCUAGUCGAACAAGCACAAACUGAUAAAGCACCUAUACAACAAUUAGCUGAUCGUAUUGCCGGUAUUUUUGUACCUAUUGUUAUUAUAUUAUCAAUGUUAACAUUAAUUGUUUGGAUUAUUAUCGGUCAUAAACAUUUGAAUAUAAUUCAAACAUAUAAUAUUGAACAUCGUUAUACAAAAAUGUCAUCAACCGAAAUGAUAUGGCAAUUUGCAUUUCAAUGUUCCAUAACUGUUUUAUUGAUUGCAUGUCCUUGUUCAUUAGGUUUAGCAACACCAACAGCUGUUAUGGUUGGUACUGGUAUCGGUGCAUUGAAUGGUAUAUUAAUUAAAGGUGGUAGUGCAUUGGAAAAUUUUUGUAAAAUUAAUUGUUUAAUAUUUGAUAAAACUGGAACAAUAACAUAUGGAACACCACAAGUUACCGAAGUAUUUUUAUUUGGUUCAAUCAAUCAAAAUAUUAUUGAUUAUUUUAAACAAAUAUUUUUGGCUAUAUUGAGUGCUGAAAAUCAAUCCGAACAUCCAAUUGCUCGAUCAUUAAUAUCAUAUUGUCAAAAUAUUUUUGAUUAUUCAAAAAAUCUUUGUCAUUGUAAUGAUUUUCAUACGGAAAGUGGAUUUGGAAUUCGUUGUAAAAUUUCAUCCGAUGAAUUUGAUAAAAAAUUAAAAACAUUUCAACCAAAAUCUUUUCGCAUCAAAAUCGACAAUGGUGUUAGCAGUAUCGAAAAUAGUUUAUUGGAUUGUGAAACAAAACGAUUUUCCAUUGGUAAUUCAAUUGUAACAUUGGUUGAAAUCGUGGACGAUUCCAUUUCAUCAUCAUCGAUUGAUCAGGAAAUUCUGAUCGGUACAAAAGAAUGGAUUAUAGAAAAUAAUGUAAAAAUUUGUAAAAAAGUUCAAAUUGUAAUCGAUCAAAUGGAACGACAAGGAUCGACUAUAGCUUUAGUUGCAAUGAAUAAUAUGAUUGUAUCGAUAAUAUCAAUGACCGAUACGAUUAAAACGGAUGCAAGACAAACAAUUCGUGAACUAAGACGUCGUCGUCCAAAUCUUAGAAUAAUGAUGAUGACCGGUGAUAAUGAACGUGCUGCACAUAAAGUUGCUCGUCAAAUUGGUAUCGAUAAAGAAAAUGUUAUUGCAAAAGUAUUACCAUCGAAUAAAACGGAAAUUGUUCUACAAUUACAAUCGAACGGUCAUUUUGUUGCAAUGGUUGGUGAUGGUAUUAAUGAUUCACCGGCAUUAGCACGUGCCGAUGUUGGUAUUGCAUUUUCAACCGGUACAGAUGUUGCUUGUGAAGCUGCCGAUAUAAUUCUCAUUCAUAAUGAUCUCUAUGAUAUUGUCGAUGCUUGGGAUCUAAGCUAUCGUACUGUUCAUCGUAUACGUUUAAAUAUUGCAUUUGCAAGCGUUUAUAAUUUGAUUGGAAUUCCAAUGGCUGCAGGUAUUUUUCUUUCAUGGGGUAUUGUAUUACGACCAUGGAUGGGUUCGGCUGCAAUGACAUUAUCAUCAAUUUCUGUUGUUUGUUCAUCAUUAUUAUUGAGACGAUGGCGUCGAUCAACAAAACAUUUCAAUGAUGAUAUUGAUCAUAAUUAUCAAUUUAAUGAUUCAGAUAAUGAUGAUGAUGAUAGUGAUGAAUCAAAAUCACCAACCGAAGAAAUGAAACAAUUAACAUUUCUAGAGAAAAAUGUUCAUUUAUCAAAAAUUCUAAGCUUAAUGCCAUUAUAUAGUCGUAAAGGAAUUAAUGAUAAUUUUUCAAUCAAUAAUAAUGAUACUGGAUAUCGUUUACUAUUGGAUCAAAGUGAUGAUGAUGAUCAAAUGGAUGAUUGUAUUGCUUAAGAAUAAUAUUAUGCAUGCCAAAAACUGGAACACUUGUUGAAUUUGAAAUAUUUUUAU